AUGCGAACACUGGUGAAUCGCAGUCUAGGUGACAGAUGGAGGAAACGUGAUGAAUCCAUUGCCGCAGAGUUUGAAGCAGUGCUGAGUGAGAGGGAUGAGGGUUCAGAUGUUGCGGCUGUUGGGGUACAUGAACUGGGAGGUGGAUUGAUCAUGUGGGCGCCUUUGUUGGCAUGUUACCUUUCACCAAGACAGACGUUGGCCCGGCCUCCGGCGAGUUUGCUGCCUGAAAUGAUCCAAGAAGAUUUCCUCAUCGGCCUUUCGGCCUUUUUUCGCACGCCGCUGAUCGACCGCACUGGUGUGCUGAACCAGGACCAGUUGUGGGAUUGCUGCCUCGGCCUUGCGGUCCUGGAUCCUCUUCCAAAGAAAGAUCCUUCAUUUUGUAAAGAUUUGGCCACGGUUUGCAGUUGUUUGAAAGUCAUCGAAGCUGGACCUCCCUCAGUUCCAGGAAUCGAUUCAACCUCGCUUCUGAUUGCACUUUUGCAAGCACUACACCCUCACUGGAGCCCACUCCGAGAGAGUGCCUUGGAGCAAGGAGCCAACGAAUUGAUUGUGCGCUGCAGUGCAGACUCCAUCGCGGAGUAUCCCUGGUUCCACGAGAAUGUCUUGCUGAAGUUGGCGGAACUGGGUGGCAUAUGUCUGGAGCCCCUCGCUGAUUCGGAGGAAGUGACUGCGCUAUGGGAGGGACCAGCAUCUCGCUUGACCGUCACAGGAGAAUGUGGCGAUCAAAUCUUUGGAUCGCAGCUUUUAGAGGCUGCCUUUGUGAAAUCUGAGCUUCGUGCCAUCUUUGAGUUGGGUUUGGAUGCUCCAUGGCAGGACGGUUUGCCAGAGCUCAAAGAAUACUGGCUCGCUUGGUUCUUGCCCUUUGUGGAGCGGUGUCCACUCCCUGUUGUGACGACCUUUGAUUUGCUUUGGUGGCUCAAUGUGGCAUGCAAAUGGCAGACGGUGUGUUUGAGGCUCUUCCAGAGAAGACCCUCCUUGUCUUGGUCUGACCUGAAGAGGAUCCUUCACUUUUUUCAGACUGAGGAGUUUCAACAGUGGUCCUUUGUGCCGGAGAACCAUGCGGCAAAAAUGGCAGACCACGCCAUUUGGUCAUCCUACAAGCAGCCCUUGAAAGAGUACAUCUUCAACUACACCCAGGACCGCAGCUACUUCGAACACAAGCUCAAAGCUGGGUCUCUGUGUCAGGUAAAUGAUGCAAGCCAGUACGUCAUCAUGGGCAUUGACGACAAGCUGAACAUUCUCAGAUUCGGACAAACUUGCUUGAGCAAGCGACAAAUGGAUCAAAGGUAUCCAAACGAUGGCUUGCGCAGAGCAUUUUGGAAAAAAUGCGCUGUCUGCUGGGUUGCUGGAAGAUAUCACGAAAGAAACGUUGUCGACACCAUAUGUUGGGGAAGUAAAAGGACGUUGGGAAGCGUGUCCUACGAAAGCAUCGAACCCAGAUUCCCAGCAAGAUCAAAGACAUAA